GAGCGUAGAUCACAGCGAAGGGCAGGGACACAUCAGGAUCAUAACUGAGAUCAGAGUCCAUCGACAAAGCAGAAGCAGAGCCAGAGUCCAAGUCCAGGCCAGAGGUUGAAGCUGGGUGGUCUGAGACCAAAGAUCAGCCAAGUCGAUGUCAAGCCAGAGUCCAGAUACAGGCUGAAGGUCAAAGCCGGGUAGUUGAAAUCCAAGGGCUUGGGAGAUGAGGCAAUGCUGGAGUGAGUUGGUGGGGGGCCUGGAGUGAGCUAGAGAAGGGCUAGGAGAAUAUUGAGCCAGGAUGGGUAGCCAACAGCUGGAGCCAAGGGUCACGCCAGAGUCGCAGCCAGAGACGAGCCAAGGGUUAAGCCAGAGUCAGCAGCGAGGAACUAGAGUAAAUGGCAGGGUGGUGCAUGCACGCAGGAACCAGGAUGAUUUAUAGAUACUCCUAGGCACUACCCACCCGGAGCCCUAGAGACCCCUCAUCAGGUGACUCCCUUCCUAGAAAUAACAGGAGGACAGCAGGAUGACAAAGAUGUCUCUGACCCUGGGGUCCAAGGCAAGGAGAGCUCCCACCCAGGCUGUGUGCCAGAACGCCAUCGCCCCCUCCCCCCAGUUCCUGCUCAUUUCACACUCACAGACCGCCUAGCCAGAGGGGAGAAUAAAGGGCAGAAAGCAGAGAUGCCCCUGGGGAAAGAAUGUAAGCUGGGACCCAGUCCACUUCCCAGAUCUACACCCAGGAUUGUGUGACCAGGACCACAGCCCUUCCUCUAUGUCUCAGUUCCCACCUGCCAGAUGAGGAGGAUCCUUCCCUACCCCAGGGUGCUAGGGGGGAGUUUCAUUCCUGGCUGGAAAGGGUUCAGAUACCAGGUGGGGUAUGGUCAGAUAUUCACUGCAUUGGGGGUGACACGGGCCAUGGGAAGAUCUGAGCAGUGAUGACAAGGGAGGGGCUCCAGGUCAGGCCACCUCUCCCAGACUGCAAUGGGUUACUGAGGAUAAUCCCUGGUUCUACAGAUGCUCUCAUUUCUGGGCCAGCCCCACGACCCUAACAGCCUGAUGAUUCUGAAACUGGCCUGUGGGCAUGGGGACAGGGACAGUAUCUGGCCUGGCCCGAGUGCCAGGGGUCAGGAUGGGGCAUGGUGGUGAGAGCAAGGUGCUCGGCCUGGGUUUCUCUCAGUGCUGUGGGCUCUAUGGCCGCUCCCCCCAGCCUUUCCCCGCCAGGCACAGUGAGACAGAGCAGUACCUGCGGCAGGGGGUGGGAGCUUCUGGUCAUGUGAAGGGGGGGCCCUUUAAGGGCGUUCCAUGGAGCACAGCCCCUGCAGUGCUUUGGAUACCUGGCGCAAGCACCUGAUGUUGAAUAGCUGGGCCAUGACCUUUGCUGUAAUGUCCUACUGCUGCAGGGGAACCACAGUCAGUCAGAGACGCGGACACCCAUGGCAAUGAAGGGUAUUAACGGCACCGGGAGCCAGCAAAAUUUCUACCCCAGCCCUCCCUACGUCUGAGGGACGGAUUCCCCCAGCCAACCCCUGAGAUGAAAUCUUGUCUCCUCUCUAGUGACCUCCAACCCUAUGCCCACCAUUAUGGAAGGAACUCCUGCCCCCACUCCUCUCAGUCCCCCCACGAGAGCUGUUCUACCUCCCAGCCCAGCUGGAGGUUCAGCUCCGCUCCCCAGAAUCCCCUCAUCUACCCUUGCCCCCUCCAGCUGAGGGGCUGAGAGGCUUUGGGCAGUAAUGCUGGGGGGUGAGAGGAAGUGGACACCUUUCCCCAAGGGACAUCCGCGUCCUUAAGGUGACGCUGUGGGCAGUGGCUCUGGUGAAUGGGGCACUUGAGCAGCCUCUGCUGACUGACUCCUCCAGUUCUCCCAGAGCAGGUGGUGGCUGGGAUAACAUGAUACCAGAGCACUAGGAACCGACCUGAGGCCCGGAGGGGGAUGAAAGGCUCACAGAGGUGACUAGGGGAGUUGGCAGCCCCUCACAUGGGCAAUGGCAGCAUGUUGUGUUGAUGUGAUGAUGCCUGUUAGGAAAUAGCCUUGAAGGCAAGUUGGGUGGUUUUUGUCUUUUCAUUUUCACUUUUUCUGUAGAUAGAUAGAUAGAUAGAUAGAUGAAUGAUGUGUAUGGGGAUGGAUUCCAUGGAUAGGGCUGGAGAGAGAAUGCAAGAAAAGUGGGGAGAAGAGACCACAGACUACAGGGACAAAAGAUCCGGCUGAUCAUUUGAAGAAGACCCCUUGCUGAACCCUCUUUCCCUGGCACAGGGAACAAGCCCUGUCUGGAUUCUCUCCCUGUCUCCCAGCUGGUGCUGGGAUGGCAAGUGAGAAAGAGGAAGAGAAUCUCCAGCUGGAAGGGCCUGCAGGAGCAGAGCCACAUUGGACGUGCCAGAGCCCUGAGCGGGCAGAUGGCAGUGGAGCAGGAUGGUGGUGGGAAGAGGCCCCGGGUGAGAGACCAGCUUAUCUUGAAGGAGUUUCUGAAAACACCAUUGGAGAUCAAAGACUCUUCACAGGAGAGAUAUUAUGCACUGAACACAAGGGAAGCAGCAGCCAGAGCUCAGGGUGUACUUGGCCACAGAGCCCUGAAGCAGGAGAGAAACCCCAUACAUGUCCUGAUUGUGGAAAGGGCUCCAGCAUGAGCUCGUCUCUUAUCUGACACCAGAGGACCCACACAGAAGAGAAACCCCAUCAACAUCUUGACGGCAGAAGGGGCUUCAGCCAGACCUUCCACCUCAUCCAGCACCAGCGCACCCACGCUGGGAACGCCCCUACAAUUGCCCUGACUGCAGGCGGGGCUUCAGCUAGAGCUCGUCUCUCGUCACCCACCAGAGGAUCCACACAGGUGAGCAACCCUACAGGUGCAGCCUGUGCGGGAAGAGCUACAGCCAGAGCUUGACACUGAUUCACCACCUCGUGCUCCACACAGGAGAGAAACCCUACCAGGGUGGCGUGUGUGGAAGGAGCUUCAGCCACAGCUCCAAACUCAUGACCCACCAGAAGACCCAUAUCAGAGAGCGACUGUACAGCUGCCACCUAUGUGGGAAGAGCUUAUACCUGCACAGCCAUCAGCGGGUCCACAGAGGUGAGCGGCCUGACAGGUGUGAGGAGUGUGGGAAAAGGUUCUGCUGGAACUCCAAGCUGAUCAGCCACCAGAGGACCCACACAGAGGUCAAACCCCAUCACUCCUCCCAGUGCGGGAAAAGGUUCAGCCAGAGCUCGACUCUGAUGAGACACCAGAAGAUCCAUACAGGACAGAGGCCCUACAAGUGUCCCCAGUGUGGGAAGAGCUUCGGUACGAGCUUCAACCUGCUGACCCACCUGGGUUACAGAUCCUACUUCUGCUCCGAGUGUGGACAGAGCUCCAACCUGAUCUGGCACCAGUGCAUCCACACUGGGGAGCAGCCCUACAAAUGCCCUGACUGCAGGAAAGGCUUCAACCAGAAUUUGGACCUCAUGGAACACUCAAGGAUCCACAUGUCAGGGAGGCCCUAUAGUUGCCUCAGUGUGGGGAAGAGCUUCAGCCAGAGCUCAACCCUGAUUCAGCACCAGAAAACCCACAUAGGAGAGAGACCCCAUAAAUGCCUGUUUUGGGUUGGGACCCGCCAAAGUUACAAUACCAUGAAAUUUCAGAUGUAAAUAUCUGAAAGCAUGAAAUGUAUUAUGUUUAAAAUCCUAGGUCCAUAAAAUUGACUGAAAUGGACUGUGAAUUUGGUGGGGCCCUAUACAUUAGGCAUGACUCAUGUUAAAGACACUGUAUUAUUACAAUAGCACCUGGAUGCCCCAACUGAGAUCCGAGUCCCCAUUGAAACAGGCACUGCACAGAUCCUGACUCAGAUCAGGGUUGCCAGGUGCUGCACAGACCCUUUAUGAGAUGAAGAUCUCCUUCGUACCAGGCCCUGCACAUACCCUGACUGAAAUCAGUGUCCCCAAUGUGCACUGCACAAACACACGAUAAGUCGGUCCUUGCCCCAAACUGCUCACAGCCUAAAUAGACACGACAGGGAAAGCGAGGAUUGUUACUUCCAUUUUAUAAUAGACAGACUAAGGGUAACAUUUUUAAAAGCAGCUAAGUGACUUAGGAGCCUAUGGCCUAGUCUACACUACAAAGUUUUGUUGGCCUAGCUGUGUCAUCUGGGAGUCUGAAAAAUCCAUGCCUGGCUCACGUGCCAGCAGAACCCCUGGUGUAGACACAACUAUACUGAUAGAAGAGGGUUUCUGUUGGCAUGUUGGGAUGGAUGGUGUAACUCAGGCCUGCACAACAUACGGCCUCACUGUGCGGCCCGCAGGGGGAUUGUAAAUCCCCCGCACAGGGUGCUCUGCGGGCAGCCCAGAGCCUUUUGAAUCCCCGCCGCGGCAGGGAAUCAAAG